AUGAAGUUGGGUAAAGUGGAGUUCUGCCAUUUCCUGCAGCUCAUAGCUCUUUUCCUGUGUUUUUCUGGGAUGAGUCAAGCAGAACUCUCAAGGUCAAGAUCCAAACCCUAYUUCCAAUCAGGGCGCUCCAGGACCAAGCGCAGCUGGGUGUGGAAUCAGUUCUUUGUGCUGGAAGAGUAUAUGGGUUCGGACCCUCUCUAUGUAGGAAAGCUUCACUCUGAUGUUGAUAAAGGAGAUGGUUCCAUCAAAUACAUCUUGUCAGGCGAAGGGGCAAGUUCCAUUUUCAUUAUUGAUGAGAACACUGGGGAUAUUCAUGCUACCAAGAGACUCGAUCGUGAGGAGCAGGCCUACUACACUCUCCGAGCUCAAGCGCUGGACAGGCUCACCAACAAACCCGUGGAGCCCGAAUCAGAGUUUGUCAUCAAAAUCCAGGAUAUCAAUGACAAUGAACCCAAGUUUUUGGAUGGGCCUUACACAGCAGGAGUUCCUGAAAUGUCUCCUGUAGGGACUUCAGUGGUACAAGUGACAGCAACGGAUGCUGAUGACCCUACAUAUGGGAACAGCGCCCGAGUGGUCUACAGUAUUCUGCAGGGGCAGCCGUACUUUUCCGUUGAGCCCAAGACAGGAGUCAUCAAGACUGCCCUUCCAAACAUGGAUAGAGAGGCUAAAGACCAGUAUUUGCUUGUCAUUCAGGCAAAGGAUAUGGUUGGUCAAAAUGGCGGACUGUCAGGAACUACAUCAGUCACCGUGACCCUGACUGAUGUCAAUGAUAAUCCACCUCGUUUUCCUCGAAGAUCUUAUCAAUACAAUGUCCCAGAAUCAUUACCUGUAGCCUCAGUUGUAGCCAGAAUCAAAGCUGCUGAUGCAGACAUAGGCGUUAAUGCAGAAAUGGAAUACAAAAUUGUGGAUGGUGAUGGACUGGGGAUUUUCAAGAUAUCUGUUGACAAAGAUACACAGGAAGGCAUCAUUACAAUACAGAAGGAACUGGAUUUUGAAGCCAAAACAAGUUACACACUACGAAUAGAAGCUGCAAAUAAAGAUGCCGACCCCCGGUUUCUAAGCUUGGGGCCAUUCAGUGACACAACCACCGUGAAGAUAAUUGUAGAAGACGUGGAUGAGCCUCCCGUGUUUUCUUCRCCCUUGUACCCCAUGGAGGUCUCAGAAGCCACCCAAGUUGGCAAUAUCAUUGGCACGGUAGCCGCUCAUGACCCMGAUUCUUCCAACAGCCCUGUGAGGUAUUCAAUUGACAGAAACACAGAUUUGGAGAGAUACUUUAAUAUUGAUGCCAACAGUGGAGUUAUUACUACUGCCAAAUCUUUGGAUCGAGAGACAAAUGCAAUUCAUAACAUCACAGUUCUUGCAAUGGAGAGCCAGAACCCAUCCCAGGUAGGAAGAGGCUACGUGGCCAUCACUAUCCUCGACAUCAAUGACAACGCCCCCGAAUUCGCCAUGGACUACGAAACCACUGUCUGUGAAAAUGCCCAGCCCGGGCAGGUCAUCCAGAAGAUCAGUGCCGUGGACAAGGAUGAGCCAUCCAAUGGACACCAGUUUUACUUCAGCUUAACCACGGAUGCCACAAAUAACCACAACUUUUCGCUGAAGGAUAACAAAGACAACACGGCCUCCAUCCUCACCAGAAGGAACGGCUUCCGGAGACAAGAGCAGUCGGUGUACUACCUGCCCAUCUUCAUCGUGGACAGUGGGUCCCCGUCUCUCAGCAGCACCAACACGCUCACCAUCCGCGUCUGUGACUGCGACUCCGACGGCGUAGCCCAGACCUGCAACGCCGAGGCCUACGUCCUGCCUGCUGGCCUCAGCACGGGGGCCCUGGUGGCCAUCCUGGCCUGCGUCCUGACCUUGCUAGUGCUGAUCCUUCUUAUCGUAACCAUGAGAAGGAGGAAAAAAGAGCCCCUGAUUUUUGACGAAGAGAGAGAUAUUAGAGAAAACAUCGUCAGGUACGAUGACGAGGGCGGGGGAGAGGAAGACACAGAGGCUUUUGACAUGGCUGCACUGAGGAACCUCAACGUCAUCCGUGACACCAAGACCCGUAGGGAUGUAACUCCAGAAAUCCAGUUCUUGAGUCGACCGACUUUUAAGAGCAUCCCAGAUAACGUUAUUUUUCGGGAAUUUAUUUGGGAGAGACUGAAAGAAGCUGAUGUUGACCCGGGGGCUCCCCCCUAUGAUUCUCUGCAGACCUAUGCCUUCGAAGGGAAUGGCUCAGUCGCUGAGUCACUCAGCUCUUUGGAUUCCAUCAGCUCAAACUCUGAUCAGAAUUAUGACUACCUAAGUGACUGGGGACCUCGCUUUAAACGCCUGGCGGACAUGUAUGGAACUGGCCAAGAGAGUUUGUACUCAUAG